AUGGGAUCCCACUUUGAAAUCCUCGAUCUCUCCAACACAUCCAAUGUAUACCACGCCCCGGCCACUAUCACUGCCCCAAAUACCAGGCUUGUUCACAUAUCUGGCCAAGCCGGUGCCACCAAGUCCGGCCAUGUCCCAGCCGACUAUGAAUCUCAGAUUCACCUCGCCCUUCUCAACCUACGCCGUGUGAUUGUUGCGUCUGGGGCUACGGUCAAGGAUAUCGCCAAAUUAACAGUGUAUAUCGUCAAUUAUAACCCCGAAACUCGAAAGCAUGCACGCCCAAUCCAGCGCUUCCUUGGUGGUCACAGACCUGCAAUGACAUUAGUUCCAGUCUCCCAGCUCGUGGUGCCAACAUGGCUGUUUGAGGUAGAUGCUCUCAUUGCCUGUCCGCCUCCAGCCCAGUCCAUCCCUCAGACGCUGACAAGCAGGCCUGGGGCUGAAAUUCAUGAUGUCGUCAUCAUUGGUGCUGGUUUGGCUGGAUUGACAGCUGCUCAGGAGCUCUCUCGAGCCGGCCUGUCUUGUGUAAUUCUCGAGGCCCGCGACCGCGUCGGAGGUAAGACCUGGAGUCAGCCAAUGGCUAGCGGUCGUGGUAUUCUUGAACUUGGUGCAGGCUGGAUCAACGAUGUCAACCAAACGCGUAUGAUUGGCCUUGCGCGACGGUUUGGAUUGGAGCUUAUUGAGCAGAACACAACUGGAAAUUGCGCGAUUCAACACCUAGAUGGUAGCACCUCAGAGUUCGCAUACGGCGAGAUCCCUCAGUUCGACUCCGCCUCCGUCGAGGAUGUUAUCCGGAUCCGUGAUACGACCGAGGCAGACUGCCAAGCCGUUGAUGUUCUCAAUCCCAAAGACACACGCCUCGACAGCAUGACUUUUGAGGCUUAUCUGCGAUCUAACAAUGCGUCUGAGAAGGCACUCUUGACUGCAACAGUUUGGACUCGGGCAAUGCUAGGUGUUGAUCCGUGUGACCUAUCAGCGCUCUUCUUCCUCAACUACUGCAAAUCUGGUGGUGGCCUGCUGCAGAUGCGAUCAGACCGCAAAGGAGGGGGUCAGCACCUACGAAUCCGACAGGGAACACAAACAUUCUCCAAAAGGCUAGCAGAAAGUCUUGUGCCAAACACUGUCCGGCUCAAUACUGCAGUCAAGCAGGUUGGCCAAGAGAGUUCUAGCGUCGAUGUCAUCACAGAGAAUGGCAGUGUCUACCGUGCACGUAAAGUCAUAACAACUGUCCCUAGUCCUGUGCUAAAGACAAUCUCCUUCGAACCUGCCCUUCAUCCAUUGAAGCUUGCCUGGUCGGAAUCUGCAAAGUAUGGCUACUACAGCAAAGCUAUGAUGGUAUUCAAGACUCCCUUCUGGAUACCAAAGGGCUUCUGUGGUCUUGCGCAAUCAUUUACUGGUCCUGCGGCGGUCGUUCGCGACUCAUGCAGUCCAGCUGAUGAAGGAUUUGCCCUUACAUGCUUUAUGUGCGGUCCUCCGGCUCAAGAAUGGGCCACCCUUCCUCAGCCGGAACGCCAGGAGAAACUCCUUACUCAGCUGGGUGCCCUUUUCAAAGCUGAGGAAACCAUCAAACAGGACUUUGUAGAGAUGGAAAUGUACGAGUGGAGCAACGAUGAGCUGGCCGGCUACGGUUGUCCAUGUGCUCAUUUGACUCCAGGCGUUUUGGACUCGCUUGGUCCCAACGCGCUUCGUGAGCCCACAGGUAACUUGCACUUCGCUGGAACAGAGACCGCUGGUGAAUGGAAGGGUUAUAUGGAAGGUGCUGUUCGUAGUGGUGAAAGAGCUGCUAAGGAGAUUGUCGAUGGUUUGAAGUCGAGUCUGGCAGCACGGCUUUAA